AUGGAAUGGCGAGAAAGGGGAAACUUAACUCUUGUUACCCACUUCAUCCUCCUGGGUUUCCAAGAUCUGAAGAAUCUGCAAAUUCUCCUCUUUCUUGGAUUUCUUCUCAUCUACAUUGUGACGAUGGUAGGAAACCUUCUUAUCACGGUGCUCGUGGUGGCCGAUCAACAGCUUCACACCCCCAUGUACUUCUUCCUUGGCAAUUUGUCUUGUUUGGAGAUCUGCUACAGCUCAACUCUCCUCCCCGUAAUGCUGGACACUCUCUUGAAGAAUGGGAAACCCAUUUCAUUCAGCAGCUGCUUCCUGCAAUUAUUUUUCUUUGGCUACUGUUUAGGGGCAGAAUGCUAUUUGCUGUCUGUGAUGUCCUAUGAUAGGUACCUAGCAAUCUGUAAACCCUUGCACUAUGGGACGACUAUGAACACCGCUAAGUGUAUCCAGUUAGCAGCUGUGUCGUGGAUCAGUGGUUUAAUAGGGAUUUCCAUUAUAAUGGUUUUGAUGCUGCAGCUGACGUACUGUGGACCGAAUGAAAUUGAUCAUUACUUUUGUGAUACCAUUCCACUGAAAAAACUCUCUUGCAGCGACACAGGGCUAGUGGAACGUGUUGAUCUCAUCUUGCUAUUUGUAUACACAAUGCCCCCAUUUCUUCUAACUUGCACGUCCUAUGUAUUUAUUAUAACCGCCAUCCUAAGAAUCUCAUCCAGCACGGGAAGGCAAAAGGCCUUCUCUACCUGUUCUUCUCACCUCAUUGUUGUUUCUACUUACUAUGGCUCUUUAAUGACCGUGUAUCUGUUACCAAACUCAUCUGCACUGAACAAAGCUUUCUCCCUCUUGUAUACCAUCCUUCCCCCUUUAGUCAAUCCUCUCAUAUACAGCUUGAGAAACAAGGAGGUGAACAGAGCCUUGAGGAAAGCUCAAAGGAAGGUGGCAAACUUCAGAAUAUUUCACAGUGUGCUAACUUACCUAGUUAAUGUUAAAGAAAAAUAA